AUGUGGAUCUCAAGCUGGUAUUGCCAAAUUGUUUUAUGCAGCUUUGUGGCUGGAGGAAGUCUGGAGUUCUGGAUGGCAGUUUACAGUAAAGCAACGGGAUCGCAGGAGUACGUCGAAAUGCUGUUCUUUUAUCUGGCAUGGUGCUUGCCUACCUUGGCAGCAUUGCAUUCGUACCGGCAACUGAUUGGACACCAGCGGCUGGUGGAGUGUCUCGUCAUUCAGCUCGUGGUGGGGGAUUCCGCACAAAUGCUUGUUGGGCGGAGCAUUGGGCACCGGUUUGUUUGCCCACAACUUUCGCCAAAGAAAACACUGGAAGGCUAUGUAGGCGGAGCUGUCAUUACUUUGCUCUACGCAUCAGCUGUCCAUCUUUGGCCUACGGUGGAUGUGCUUGUGGCCUACGUCUUCGGUUGUAUCGGAGAUUUGUACUUUUCAGCUGUCAAGCGUCGCCUCGGGAUCAAAGAUUAUUCACGAAUCCUUUCUUCACACGGUGGCCUUCUCGAUCGAAUUGAUUCCUUCAUGUUUGCUGCCAAUGCUUUGGUUUGGAAGGCGAUGACAGAAACUUGUACGUUUCAUUGUCUUUGCAUUUGUUCUUUUCUACGGGUAGCCGUUCAGCUGAAUACGGAGCGGCUUCUUGCAGCACUCUGUUCAAACGGGUGUUGUUCAGGGUGA